GGACACAUCCUGUACGUGUACUGCAACACCACCACCACCACCACCACCACCACCAGUCUGCACACUUGCUCACCGCCAUCUCGCGUGACUAUUCUCCCGUGAACACUAGUGUUGUUCAAUACCUACGUCUAGUAAUAAUAACUGAAGCGGCGAUUAUUACAGACCAGUCCCGCAAGACACGCGUAUCAACCCGACCUUUCACCGCACAACCUCGCCACCCUUUAUCGAACCUAGGCUCCCCCGUUGCUUCUGAAUCUGAGCCCCUACGUCUCGAGUCCGCGUAUCGGUCCAGAGAUCCAUGGCUGCUCUCCGGUUAACGGCGGCCGUCCAGCUGCUGCUAGUUGCGACAAUCCUCGCCUCAUUACCUGCCGAGCCGCUAGCUGAGAUUCCCCGCCGCGAGCUCAAAAUACUUGAUAACCUUCUCGGCCGCUAUUACCUCAGCGUCACCGGAACCAACGUCACAAGCGCCGUCCUCACCUUGAACGUCACCAACCCCACCAAGGCCAAGACACUUGCAGCAUACGUCAUCACCUUCCAAGCAACCAUCGAGAUGGCCCCGAAUUCUCUCACCGUCACAGACCCGCCGUCCUUCUUUAUCGUCUUCCCCAACGGCCACCUCUACUAUCUCAACGACGGCACCUCGUGGACGCUCAACCAGGAGUACGAGCAGGUCUGCUCCGAUAACCCCGAUUACCUUGCCGCCGCCGCUGCUGCUGCUGAAGCUGCUGCUGCCGCUGCUGCUGAAGCUGCCGCCGCUGCUGCUGCUGCAGGCACCAACAGCACUGACAGCACUGGCAGCACCGACAGCACCGGCGGCACCGACGCCACCGGCACCGACAGCGCUGGAAGCACCGACAGCACCGGUACUCCUGUUGUUUAUACCGAUGCUGACGGUAACGAGAUUCCGGCCCAGAUUUGCGUUGACAACCUGGUGAAGACGACCCACACCCUCGAGCCGUCGACGUUCACGGGACGCAGGAGCUACUUCAGCAAGAAGGACUACAUGUUCAUAGACUGGAACCAGCUCGGGUGCCCGGACGUCUACUUCCGGUUCGGAGUGCCGGUGCUGGGGCGUGCGUCGGGACUCCUGGCGAAGGUGGCCUAGGGUUUUCGAGACGAGUGGGGGUCAACAGAGGGGGGGGCAGAUGAGUAGGAGCCUUCCGGUUGUGGAGAUGAUCGAAGCUUUCUUCUCAACAGGGUUGUAACAUGUGCGGGUGUCAGGAUUCCUUUGUUCUUUUGGGUGUUUGAGGGUUACGAUACUACCAUGGGGUGCAGUCUGCCGCACUCCCACCAAUACCAUGCUUUCUUCUGUAAUGUACGGCAGUGUAGGCUGGCUGAAGGCUGCUGUCAUUGUAAUUUGUUUUGAUUUUCAGUGGCUGUUGUAGAAUACAGUUUUUGGGUUAAU